UUGUUGCCGUCAAUAACUGCUGCUAUUGCUGCUGCUGCUUCAGACAUCCGGGUUUUCUUUAGUUUGGCCCGAAUGAUGGCGUCUAGUUUUGUUGUUGGAAAUUCUUACAACUCGAAAGAUAAAGAAACCCGGAGCUGUAGCGAUCGUUUGAAAUCAUUGUACCCGGCCGUAAAUGAGGAGGAAACGGCACUACCAAGAUCUUGGAGUCCCAAGGACAAAUACACCUACAUUGGGCUGUCACAGAACAAUUUGAGGGUCCACUACAAAGGUAGCGUUGAAAAUACAAGGAUUGGGAAAAUUCCCAAAGAUGCAGCCAGUGUGAGAUCUACCCACCCAAUACCUGCAUCUUGUGGUAUAUAUUACUUUGAAGUAAAAAUUAUCAGCAAAGGAAGAGAUGGUUACAUGGGUAUUGGACUAUCAACACAGGGGGUAAACAUGAAUAGACUACCAGGUUGGGAUAAAAAUUCCUAUGGUUAUCAUGGAGAUGAUGGGAAUUCUUUUUGUUCUUCUGGAACCGGCCAACCCUACGGACCAACAUUUACUACUGGAGAUGUCAUUGGAUGCUGUGUAAACUUGAUUGAAAAUACUUGCUUCUAUACAAAAAAUGGCGUGAAUUUAGGUAUAGCUUUCACAGACUUACCUCAAAACUUGUAUCCCACUGUUGGACUUCAGACUCCUGGAGAAGUGGUUGAGGCAAAUUUUGGACAGUCUCCAUUUGUAUUUGAUAUUGAAGACUACAUGUGGGAAUGGCGUAUGAAGACUAGACUGACCAUAGAAAGAUUCCCAGUUUCGGACCGAAAAGGAGAAUGGCAAACUGCGCUACAAAAAAUUGUCUCGACCUACUUAGUCCACCAUGGCUUCUGCUCCACUGCAGAAGCUUUCGCUAGAUCUGCAGGACAGUCCUUCGAAGAAGAAAUCACUUCAAUAAAAAAUAGACAAAAAAUACAAAAGCUGGUUCUUGCUGGUCGUAUGGGUGAAGCAAUCGACACAACACAUCAGCUUUACCCAGGAUUGUUGGAAAGACGAGCCAACUUACUAUUUAUGCUCAAAUGUAGACAGUUUAUCGAAAUGGUCAAUGGCACAGACAGUGAAGUGCGAGGUGCCGCAAUCCGAAGUCCCAAAUCCCAUGGUGGAAGCAGCCGUUCCAGUCCAAGCAUGAGUCCUAGUCAUCACGGUAGUGGCUACAGUUAUUUAGCUCAUAGGUCUGUGACGCAACAGUCUGUUUCCACUGGCAAUAGCCCAAAUAGAAAUCUAAUUAACAAAGGGCACAGUUCUGGCUGUCCCCAAAAUAACGAUCCCCAAGCAUUGUCUGAAUCAGACAUGAAUGCUGCUAAUGCUGCCAUGAAUGGAAGCAACAAUAACAAUGUCCCAUCAAGACUUAUUGAAAAUGAAGAUGUUGAAAUGAGUGAUGGGCUCUCCUCCUCAGGAAAUGGUACCAUGAGCAAUGGUACUGCUGAAGUUACAUAUGCUAAUGGAAAUACAUGUGAUGAUUAUGAUGAUACAGAAGACAUGGAAGUGGAUUCCCCCUCGCAGAAGCGACAGCUGUGCGGUGGUAGUCAAGCAGCAAUUGAGAAGAUGCUACAAUUUGGUCGUGAGCUUCAGGGGAUGAGCCUGCAGUUACGGAGACAGUAUGGCAAGAAUGAGACCAAUAAAAGAGCUUUGUUGAACGCCUUCAGUCUGUUAGCUUAUGCAGAUCCUUGGAACAGUCCUGUUGGCUAUCAACUAAAUCCAGUACAAAGGGAACCUGUAUGUGCAGCACUUAAUAGUGCUAUCUUAGAAUCAUAUGGACUUCCAAGACAACCCCCACUUGAAGUGGCUAUUGGUCAAGCCACAGAAUGCAUGAAGCUAAUGUCAAAAGCUGGUGUAGGUUCUUGUGCAUUUGCUGGCAUUCAGGACUACCUACACUGAUAGUUAAUGAUUAAACUUUAAAAAAUCAU